GCGGCUGCAUCCCUGUGCGUCGGGCGAUGUAUCUCCGAAGGGCUGUGUCCAAGACUCUGGCGCUGCCCCGGAGGGCGCCCCCCGGCCCUGCGCCACUGGGGAAGGACGCAUCUCUUCGCCGAGUGUCAUCCAGCAAGUUCCCGGGAACAUCUGGGUCCAAUAUGAUUUAUUACCUGGUUGUAGGUGUGACAGUCAGCGCUGGUGGAUAUUAUACUUACAAGGCUGUCACAUCUAAGUCAGUCAGACAUCCAGAACAUGUAACGGAUGGGAAAGAACAAAGGAAAGCAGAGCUACAGCCACUUCCGGGCGAAAAGGAGCAUGUAGCAGAAGCUGAAAAACCACGUUCAGAGGCUGGAGAAAUUUCUGUAAAGGAAGCUGAAUUGGUACAUGCUGAGGAAGUCCCAGAGGCCGCAGCUGGGCCUCCAGAAGAGUCUCCCCAGGUCCCUGCCGAGGCUGCCCUAGUGGAGACAUCCACACUGAGCGAGGAGCCUGAGCUGCAGAUCACCGAGGCUUCCCCAGGAGAGACCACUGAGGGAGUCCCUGAACCCACGGAGGAGGAGAGCGCAGCUCCUGAACCCACUGCCGAGGAGGAGAGCGCAGCUCCCGAACCCACGGUAGAGCCCACGGCAGAGGCAGAGGUGGAGAGCGCAGCUCCGGAUCAGGCUGACGGGGCUGAUACCAGCAAGGAGGGUGAGGGUACCCCUGGGAACCAGAGCUUCCAGGAGAGUGCUGAACUAGAAGAAAGCCCUCCCUAAGGCUCAGAACCCUCUGCCCAGCAGGAAUCUCAAGAAGAAACCGAGGUCACAGCAGAAGCAGCCUCACCCCAAGGCUGA